GCCAAUUUAAAUCAAAAUCACUCUUCCAAAGGUUAAAAACAGUGUACAGUGAAAUUUUAUUCAUAGAAAGAUGUAUUUUUGAGCAAAUCGUAUUUAUUUUUGAAUAAAAUAACACUUUGUUUCAAAAUAACAUUUUAAAUUAUACAUACAAAAAAACGCAACUACAGUGCCAGUCAAUUUAAAAAUUUUAUGUGGAGGUUAUAUAUUGUUGUCGAAUACUGUUUCUAGAAGAAUUGUUAUUGUUUGAGGAUACUUUAUUUAAAAAAGAAUGUCAAAACUAGCAAAAAAUCCAGCUAUGGUUCUUCAAGAACUUACCGUGAAAAAAUGUUUGGGACCUCCGAAUUUUGAAAUUGUUCAUAGUAUAAGUGGUACACAUGAAAAUAGAUUUGAUUAUCGAGUUAGGGUAGCUGGUGUCGAAGCUAUCGGAACAGGUUCUUCAAAACAAAUUAGCAAACAUGAUGCUGCAUACAAAGCUUUAAAAAUGCUAGAAGAGAUAGGAAUAUACGAUCCAGUCGAACUUCCCAUGGAAGAGUUUAAGGCAUCAGCUAUGCAAAAACAAGCCGGAUAUAGGAUUGGUAGUCCUAAUAAAUUAUCUAUAAAUUGUAUUGGACCUCUGAAAGAUCUAUGCAUGGAAAACAAAAUAGAAGAUCCUGUUUUUACUGAAAUAUCCGAUGUAGGGCCACCACAUUGUCGUGAAUUUACUUAUGAAUGUUGUAUAGGUUCUGUUAAAACAAUUGCUACGGCUAAUACUAAAAAAAUGGCGAAACAACUGACUGCAAAGGAGAUGUUGGAGAGAUUGAAAUAUAUUCUUCCAACUAUUAAAUUAGAGGCGCCGCGUAAAACUGAGGAACAGAAAACUUUAAUGCCUUCAGAAAGAGAUCUUGCCGCUCUACAAAAGUAUAAUGAAGCUUUCUCAGAUGUAGUACCAGACAAAAAAGUUAAAGUAGAUGACUUUGCAUCCGUGUUCAAUAGAUUGAUGCUUGAAUGCAAAAAAACUAGAGAAGAUUUCAAUGAGGAAUUUACUGAAAUAUCUGCAGAUUCUUUGGAAAGAAUGUUAAAAAAAUUAGGUUUGCAACAUGUAAUUUUUCCAAUACAAGAACAAGAACCAAUUAUACUGGCAUUGAGGAUAAAUUGUGAUGUACCCUUUGCCACAAUGGCUGUUGGUAGAACGGAAGAAUUAGCUAAAUCUGAAGUGAUAAAUAACACUUUCAAAAUGCUUGAUUGCUUUAUUAAAUAAAAAAAAAAAAAACAUUGUAAAUAUGAGUUUAGAAUUUGUUUUUUUUUUGUGGUAAAUCAAUAAAAAUAAUUUGAAAAACCA